UCUCAUUCCAGGCACCGGCGCCUGCGAGCAAGUCCAACGUGCGUCGUUGUCUACCACCACACCACAAUGGGAACGCAAACCGUUCGACUUCAAUCUUGUCCUCUCUUGUGAUCGCCAACUCUCCCCGGCAAGGGCCAUGGCCGACAAGACUGCAAAAAUUCGCCCCUUCCAACCUGGCGAUGCCGAUGAGAAGCUGUUUCGCUUCACUGUGGGCAAAGCUCAGAUGGAAGGCCUCGCAGUAGCAAACCGGAGGUCGUACAUACAUCCUAUCUUUCUGGCUGUCUGGGCAGCGUUGGCUGCUGUCCUUGUUCAGUACUUGAAAUGGUGGCCGAACCCGACACUGCCUUGGUGGACGUAUCUGAAGCCCCUCCCCGCUUUUGCUGCAUUUUUGGUCCCCCUUAUGUUCAUCGUUGACUUGCAAAACCGUCCAUCCUUUGAGGACGAGGCGCAGCAAGUCCUGCACCGGCAAGACAUGAUCGACCUUCAAGCCUACUACUCGAGAUCACCAUCUUCUGGUAUCUGGAUCUUUGAGUACGGCAGUAAAUUUGUGGGCCUGCUUGCACUGGACGCUUCUUUGGACGCAGCCUUGGACAAGACCUUCUCCACGAACGGUACACCAGCCCAAAACAAUGCUAUCAAGAAACAGUUCAGCAAGAAGGGAACCUCCCAAGUGGCCACUAUCCGCCACUUCUACGUUAUGGAAGAAUAUCGCGCAGCCCUGGCACAAGAGGACUUAUUGCACUUUGCGGUAUCCCAAGCAUUUACCGAAGAUCAUAAGGUGAAGGUCAUCAAAGGGAUUGACUCUGACCUCGAUCGGUGGAAGGAGGCUGCUUUCACCAAGUGCGGCUUCAUCGUUGAGAAAGGGCUUAGGAGUAUAGGGCUAUUUGGCUGGAAGGUCCGCUCACGCGGGCUGACAAGAGAAAGAUGGCAGGAGAUCCAGAAAAAAGCAUCGUAGACUUGUCUGCAUAUUUUCAUUCAAUGAAACCCGGUAUCUGCAAUGCCGUGGAAACUUCGUCUUCAUGCAAUUAUGGCUGGAUAUGGCGCUUUGAGCUCCAGCUUCUGCCUCCUCAGUAUCCAGUGGCUCGAGUCUCUAUUUGGAGUCUUCCGCGUACUCGUCCUCGGUGC